CUCAAUAUGUGAACGUGGCCUCAGUUGAAAUCUGUGAACGACCACCACAAUUUCGAUUUAUUGAAAUCUAAUUAAACCAUCUUGCGAGUCACGCUUCGUUUAGCAAAUUUCAUUAUUGACAUUAUCGCUAUCGAAGAUGCUGAAGGUCCCGUCGCGUAACAAGGCCAGCGGCCCAAAUGCCGUCACCAAAGCAGUCAUUCUGGUGGGAGGCCCAUCUCGAGGAACUCGUUUCAGGCCGCUGAGUUUGGAUCUUCCAAAGCCACUCUUCGAAGUUGCUGGCCAUCCCAUCAUCUGGCACUGCUUGAAGGCGGUUUCCAAAGUCCCAGAUAUCAAGGAGGUUAUUCUCAUUGGUUACUAUGACGAGAGUGUCUUUCGCGACUUUAUCAAAGACUCUUCGAAAGAAUUCCCUCAAAUCAAGAUCCAGUACCUACGUGAAUAUCAAGCCUUGGGAACCGCUGGAGGCCUCUACCACUUCCGUGACGCUAUUCUCAAGGGCAAGCCAGACCGAUUUUUUGUGCUCAAUUCCGAUGUUUGCUGCUCGUUCCCCCUCGAGGCUAUGCUCAAGCUUUUCGAGGAGAAAGACGCCGAAGCAGUCAUUCUCGGGACUCGUGUCGGCAAUGAUGCCGCCACCAACUUCGGUUGCAUUGUGUCGGACUCACACACGAAGCGAGUUUUGCACUACGUCGAAAAACCUGAGGGCCAUAUCUCAAACUUGAUCAACUGUGGCGUCUAUCUCUUCUCCACCGAGUGUAUCUUCCCAUCCAUCAGAAUCGCUAUCAAGCGUAAGACUGAGCGACCAAGAAUGAUCUCCUACCCUUCAUCCGAGAACAUGGAGUCCUCUUUCAUUGCCGACCCAGAAGAGGAUGGCGAGAAGAACGAGGUUCUUCGCCUCGAGCAGGAUAUUUUGUCCGAUCUGGCCGAUAGCAACCGCUUCUACGUCCACGAAACUAAGGAUUUCUGGCGCCAGAUCAAGACUGCUGGUUCCGCCGUCCCAGCUAACGCUUUAUACCUAGCGAAGGCAUUCCAGUCUCAAUCUGAGGAGAUCGCAACCCCGUCAGCCACCGUUGUACCCCCUGUCUUCAUCCACCCUACUGCUACCGUCGACCCUACAGCUAAGCUGGGUCCCAACGUGUCCGUUGGGCCCAAGGCCAUCAUCGGGGCGGGAGCUCGUGUGAAGGAGGCGAUCGUCCUUGAGGAGGCAGAAAUCAAGCAUGAUGCUUGUGUCCUUUAUGCAAUCAUUGGCUGGAAUAGUCGCGUCGGUGCGUGGGCCCGAGUUGAGGGCACUCCCACUCCGGUCAGCAGCCAUACCACUAGCAUCAUCAAGAAUGGUGUCAAGGUCCAGGCCAUCACGAUUCUUGGUAAAGAAUGUGCGGUGGGUGAUGAGAUUCGAGUCCAGAACUGCAUCUGCCUACCUUACAAGGAACUGAAGCGCGAUGUCGCAAACGAAGUCAUUAUGUGAUACAGGUCUCUCGCAUUACACAGGUGUGGCUACGAUAGACGGAAUGUAUCAAGAACUUGCACUCGAUACUCAUGUCAACGGCGAUAGAGAAAACUUGCUUUCCAGGACGAAUUGUGAUCAUAGGUGCUCUUCACAGAGAGCUUAGGUUGUGUCUAUGCUAAAUCGCUGAAACUGCUGACUCUUACUACUUAUUGCUCCGUCAAGCCGGACUAGACUCACUAGGCACAAUGUCGUGCUUGGAUAGGUAGUUCUUCUUAGGCGUCCCAUUAUGCAAUUCCUUUC